GCCCGGGCGGACUCCGGGAGGCCGGUCGCGCGUGGCCCGGGAGGCGAGGUGAACACACCGUUGUUUGGGGGUGAGCGCGGCGUCAGGAAUUGCUUCAUCAUGAGAAAUCUGAAGUUACUUCAGUCCCUGGAGUUCAGGGAUAUUGAGGCUCCUGGGACACCUCAGUGCUUCUGUCUAAGAACUGAACAGGGCACUGUGCUCAUUGGCUCAGAACACGGACUGGUAGAGGUGGACCCUGUCACAAGAGAAGUGAGAAAUGAAGUUUCUUUAGUGUCAGAAGGCUUUCUCCCAGAGGAUGGAAGUGGCCGCAUUGUUGGUGUUCAGGACUUGCUGGAUCAGGAGUCUGUGUGUGUGGCCACAGCUUCGGGAGAUGUCCUACUCUGCAACCUCAGCACGCACCAGCUGGAAUGUGUUGGGAGUGUAGCUAGUGGUAUCUCUGUCAUGAGUUGGAGUUCUGAUCAAGAGCUGGUGCUUCUUGCUACAGGUCAACAGACCCUGAUUAUGAUGACAAAAGACUUUGAACCAAUCAUGGAACAGCAAAUCCACCAGGAUGAUUUUGGCGAAAGCAAGUUUAUCACUGUCGGAUGGGGCAGGAAGGAGACCCAGUUCCAUGGAUCAGAAGGCAGGCAAGCGGCCUUUCAGGUGCAAAUGCUUGAGUCUGCUUUGCCCUGGGAUGACCAGAAACCACAAAUCACCUGGCGUGGUGAUGGACAGUUUUUUGCUGUGAGUGUUGUUUGCCCACAGACAGGGGCUCGGAAGUUCCGCGUGUGGAACAGAGAGUUUGCUCUACAGUCCACCAGUGAGCCUGUGGCAGGACUGGGCCCGGCUCUGGCUUGGAAGCCCUCGGGCAGUUUGAUUGCAUCCACACAAGAUAAACUCAACCAGCAGGAUGUGGUGUUUUUUGAGAAAAAUGGACUUCUUCAUGGGCAGUUUAUGCUUCCUUUCCUCAAAGACGAGGUGAAGGUAAAUGACCUGCUCUGGAAUGCAGAUUCCACUGUGCUUGCAGUUUGGUUGGAAGACCUUCAGAGGAAAGAAAAUUCUGCUCUAAAAACCUAUGUUCAGCUCUGGACUGUGGGGAACUAUCACUGGUACCUCAAGCAAAGUCUGCCCUUCAGCACCUGUGGGAAGAGCAAGAUUGUGUGUCUGAUGUGGGACCCGGUGACCCCGUACCGGCUGCAUGUUCUCUGUCAGGGGUGGCACUACCUCUGCUAUGACUGGCACUGGACGACUGACCGGAGCUCGGGGGAUAAUUCAAGUGACAUGGCAAAUGUGGCUGUCAUCGAUGGGAACAGGGUAUUGGUGACAGCCUUCCGGCAGAGUGUAGUUCCUCCUCCCAUGUGCACCUUCCGUCUGCUGCUCCCAGAGCCUGUGAAUCAAGUCAUGUUCUCUGCAAACCCUCAAAGGAGUAAUGACCUUGCUGUCAUCGAUGCCAGCAACCAGAUUUCUGUUUAUAAAUGUGGUGGUGGUCCAAGUGUGGAUCCCACGGUGAAGCUGGGAGCUGUGGGUGGAAAUGGAUUUAAAGUUUCCCUUGAGAUGCCUCAUCUGGAAAAGAGAUACAAAAUUCAGUUUGAGAAUAGUGAAGAUCAAGAAGUAAAUCCACUGAAGUUCAACUUUCUCACCUGGGUCCAAGAAGACGUCUUCCUGGCCAUACGCCACAGCCCAUCCAGCGCACGGUCUGUCAUUCACCAUCUGACCGCAGUCUCUUCCGGGACGGAUGACGAGCAAGGACAGCUCACCGUUAGUUCAUCUGUGACAGUGGAUGGGGUUAUAAUCAGCCUGUGUUGCAAUUCCAAGACCAAGUCAGUAGCCUUGCAGCUGGCUGAUGGCCAGAUACUUAAGUACCUUUGGGAGUCACCCUCUCUGGUUGUUGAACCUUGGAAGAACCCAGGUGGAUUUCCUGUUCAAAUUCCUUAUCCAUGCACACAGACUGAAUUGGCCCUGAUUGGAGGGAAGGAAUGUAUCCUUGGUCUGACUGACAGGUGUCGCUUUUUCAUCAAUGACAAUGAGGUUGCUUCAAAUAUUACAUCAUUUGCAGUAUAUGAUGAGUUUUUAUUGUUGACGACUCAUUCUCACACCUGCCAGUGUUUUUGUCUGACUGAUGCUUCAUUGAAAACAUUACAGGCAGGUCUGAGCAGCAUUCCUGCGGCUAACGGGGAAACUCUGCGGAUGGUGGAGAGGGGUUCACGCAUUGUCACUGUUGUGCCCCAGGACUCAAAGCUGAUAUUACAGAUGCCAAGGGGAAACUUAGAAGUUGUUCAUCAUCGAGCCCUGGUUUUAGCUCAGAUUCGGAAGUGGUUGGACAAGCUUAUGUUUAAAGAAGCAUUUGAAUGCAUGAGAAAACUGAGAAUUAAUCUCAAUCUAAUUUAUGAUCAUAACCCUAAGGUGUUUCUUGAAAAUGUGGAGGCCUUCAUAAAACAGAUAGAUUCCGUAAAUCAUAUUAAUUUGUUUUUCACAGAAUUGAAGGAAGAAGAUGUCACAACGACCAUGUACCCUCCCCCUGUCCCUGGCCCUGUCAUGCGGUCCAGGGAUCCCGAGGGAAGUAAAGUAGACCUUAUCUGCGAUGCCAUGCGCGCUGCCAUGGAGAACAUCGACCCUCGCAAGUACUGCCUGUCGAUCCUCACCUCGCAUGUGAAGAAAACAACCCCAGAACUGGAAGUUGUGCUGCAGAAGGUGCACGAGCUUCAAGGAAAUGCCCCCCCUGCUCCUGAUGGCGUGAGUGCUGAAGAGGCCCUGAAGUAUUUGCUGCUGCUGGUAGAUGUGAAUGAAUUAUAUGAUCAUUCUCUUGGGACCUAUGACUUUGAUUUGGUCCUCAUGGUAGCUGAGAAGUCACAGAAGGACCCAAAAGAAUAUCUUCCAUUUCUUAAUACACUUAAGAAAAUGGAAACUAAUUAUCAGCGGUUCACCAUAGACAAAUAUUUGAAACGGUAUGAAAAAGCCAUUGGGCACCUCAGCAGAUGUGGAUCGGAGCACUUCCCUGAAUGCUUAAACUUAAUAAAAGAUAAGAACUUGUAUAACAAAGCUCUGAAGUUAUAUCCACCCAACUCCCAGCAGUACAAGGAUAUCAGCAUUGCUUACGGGGAACACCUGAUGCAGGAGCACCUCUACGAGCCAGGGGGGCUGGUGUUUGCCCGCUGCGGAGCCCACCAAAAAGCGCUUGAUGCCUUUCUGGCUGCGGGCAGCUGGCAGCUGGCGCUCUGUACGGCAGCCCAGCUUCACUUGAGCGCAGACCAGGUGGCUGCCCUCAGCAGAGCUCUGGCAGGAAAGCUAGUUGAGCAGAGGAAGCACAGGGAGGCGGCCACGGUUUUGGAACAGUAUGCCCAGGAUUAUGAAGAAGCUGUGCUCUUGCUGUUAGAAGGAGCUGCCUGGGAAGAAGCUCUGAGACUGGUUUACAAAUAUAACAGACUGGAUAUUAUAGAAACCAACAUAAAGCCUUCCAUUUUAGAAGCCCAGAAAAACUAUAUGGCAUUUCUGGACUCUCAGACAGUCUCUUUCAGUCAUCAUAAAGAGCGUUUAUUGGUGGUCCGAGAGCUCAAGGAGCAAGCGCAGCGUGUCUGCCUGGAUGAUGGGGUGUCCCACGGUCAGGAGUCUGACGUGUUCUCUGAAACCAGCAGUGUCGUGAAGGGCAGUGACACAAGUGGCAGAUACUCUCAUAGCAACUCCCGGAUAUCAGCGCGAUCGUCUAAGAAUCGCCGUAAAGCAGAGCGGAAGAAGCACAGCCUCAAAGAGGGGAACCCCCUGGAGGAGCUGGCCCUUUUGGAGGCUUUGAAUGAAGUUGUACAGGGCACUGAAAAACUGAAAGAAGAGAUACACUGUAUUCUAAAGGUACUGAUCCUCUUUGAGUUUGAUGAGCAAGGACGGGAAUUACAGAAGGCCUUUGAAGAUACUCUACAGCUGAUGGAAAGGUCUCUUCCAGAAAUUUGGACUCUCAGCCACGAGCAUAAUUCAGUUACACCUGUUCUAGGUCCAAAUUCUACUUCAAAUAGUAUCAUGGCUUCCUAUCAACAACAGAAGACUUCAUCUCCUGUUCUUGAUGCUGAAUUUUUGAUACCACCAAUGAUGAACAAAAGAACCCAGUGGAAACUGAGCCUGCUGGAGUGACGGAUGCUCAGUAGGAAGAUCGUUUUCUUUCCACUGUCUCUCCAGGCCUGGCUGCUGAGAACCAGGAAGAGUAAAAUGAUGAUCUACCUUAGUAUUGCCGAGCGCCGCUCUGUGCAGCAGACCUCUGCAGACACCAAGCAAUUCUAUUUUAUUUUACAUCGAGUUUUAAUUAGCAAAACUUUAAUCUUUAAUCAAUAUAGCAUCAUUUUGUAAGAAUUAAUGUUCUUGCCCUGGCCGGUUUGGCUCAGCAGUUAGAGCGUCGGCCUGCGGACUAGAGAGUCCCAAGU